AUGGCACUUGAUCCCGCUUCAGGUCGCCGGCCAUUGUCCCCUGGCAGCUCUGGCCGCGACUCGCCAAUACCCAGGCAGUGGAGGAAUCAGCUUGCUGGAGCGGAAGACAAGCUGCUGAAGGACAAGACGUUCCGCAAAUAUGCUACCGGCGUGGACAAGGCGCUGGCCCUCUUCGAGACGGCCCUGGAAGAGUGGGCGGACUACAUCUCCUUCCUGAAUCGCCUGCUCAGAGCGUUGCAAGCACGACCAAGCAAUGUAUCGACCGUACCAGCUCGUAGUCUCGUCGCCCAGAGGCUGUCGCAAUGUCUGGACCCCUCACUACCGUCCGGCGUCCACCAGAAAGCUCUCGAGGUCUACAACUAUGUCUUCUCCACCAUUGGCACCGAAGGGCUGUCUAGAGAACUGCCAUUAUAUCUCACAGGACUAGCCUCUGUUUUGUCCUUUGCAUCUCUGUCGGUCAGGGCUCCUUACCUGGACAUUCUGGAGACGUAUUUCCUCAAGGUUGACCCGAGGUCGCUUCGACCAGCAAUCAAGUCAAUCAUUCUCGCAUUGCUACCGGGGCUAGAAGACGAGACGGCAGAGGACUUUGACCGGACAGUGAAGCUCGUGGUCAGCUUCAAGAAGGCUAUCCGCCCCCCGAGCAGUGAGCUCCUCACCGAGGAUCAUGCUUCUGGCGAUGACUACUUUUGGCAGUGCUUCUUCUUAGCCUGUAUCACUAGUUCGGGACGGCGACCCGGCGCAUUGGCGUAUCUCGUUCGGUACCUGCCUGCACAAGGCGGGGCGGCGACAAAUUCAGCGAACAGCAACAACGGGUUCGCCGAUCAGCCUAGCGACAGGGUAGCAUCCAUUGUCACCUCUCCAGAACCGGGGCUCCUGAUCCGUUGCUUCGCAAGCGGUCUGUCCGACGAGCAAUUACUGAUUCAACGGGGGUUUCUAGACCUGCUAGUCACUCACUUGCCCCUGAGUUCAAACGUGCUUCAAGGGAAGGUGAAAUCCGAUGACCUGGAGCUCCUCAUGAAAGCAGCCGUUGGAGUUGUCAUAAGGCGCGAUAUGAGCCUGAAUCGCCGGCUGUGGGCCUGGUUCUUGGGACCGGAGCCUGCGGGCAACGAGACGGAGCAGGCUGAGCCCACAUCACCAGCCACAGACCAACAAUCCAUGGCGGCAUCCAGAACCAGCUACUUUGAGCAGUAUGGCCUUCAACCAUUGACACGGGCGCUCUUGGCUAUGGUGACAUUGGGUGACAACAAGAACCCCGCAGAGCGAGCGCGACCCUAUCGAAUAUGCUUGUCCUUGAUGGAUCGCUGGGAGAUUGGCGGGUUGGUAGUGCCAGAGGUCUUUCUCCCAAUUAUCGAAAAUGUUCGCCAAUUCCAGGGUCAGGCGUCCUCGAGCGCCGAGUUUUCAGAGGUGUUGAAGAGCGCCAGCGUGUUUUUCGAUGGCAUUGAAAGCGGACUGAUUUACAGCGAAAUUGUGUCUCUACUAGCUCAAGCCCUGAGCCCAGGCAAAGCCGAUGCUGAGGAACGGCAAGAUAAAAUUGCCAUGGCAAACUUCAUCCUGGCGAACUUCAACGUUCGAGAGGAGGAAAUGGUCACCAUCCACGCGCCUCUAUCGUCUUUAGCUACGAUCUCCGUGUCCAAGAAAGCACUAGAGACUGCUAUCGUCCUGCUCGAGAUGGUCCCGCCACGCGCCUUUCCGGACGGGGGCACCAGUCCCAGUCGAAAUGCAAAUUUGGUUCACAGCACGGCAAACACCGAGCUUCUCAAGAAGAUCCGAGACUUCUACGUCAAUGAGCAAGGGAACAUUGAGACCUCUUCCAUCCCCUUCUACUCACAGCAGCUGGGCGAGCUGAUUCUGCAAAAGUCAUCUCUGUUCAUCCGGACAGGCUCCACACUGGGAGACGCGUCCGUUCGGAUGCUUGUGUUGGCACUAACAAAGAUGCCUGCUUCGUACGCGCUGGACGCAAAGGAGCUACUGAGCUUCCUCCAGCUGAGCUUGAAAGCACCGGAGCGCCUGACUUUCUCCGACUUUACGGCGGUGGUUCACCUCUCUACUGAGCUACAUGCGGCGCAUCGCAUAGCGUCGAGGGGCCUGUCUGAUCUAGCUACUGUGCUGGUGAAACACGCUUGGAGGUUUCUUUCAACGGAGGAGCCCAAGUUCCACGUGGAGACUGUCCGAUGUCUAUGGCAGCUGCAAACGGCACUAUCCGUUGCAAACCGCGACAUUGAGGCCGCGCUUGCUACACUCAUAGCAGAAUCCCGAGACCCCAUGGGCAUGCAUCAGUGUGUGAGCGAUGCCCAUACAUUUAGCGUUCUGUGGUCCCUCACUCUUCAGGACAACCCUUCUGAUCGGCGUGGUUCCAAGGCUGCCGCACAAGAGAUUAGGUCGGGACCUCGUCUGGCCGGAAUGGAGCACUUUGAAGUCAUGUUGACGCGACCACUAUUCUUGAUCUUGGAUGUGCUCUUGGAUGACACUACACGUCAUUACAUGACGGUGAAGUCGUGGCUCAGCAACAUGAUUGGGAUCGAUAGGCUCUUCCUGAUUAUGGUGCAGAAGUUCUGCGAAGUCAAAUUCUUAUCGACCCUGCGGGACGGAAUCACUCAGUCAGGAGUACCCGACAGCCGGCCUUUUGGAGAGGAAGACGACCUUGACCUAUGCCUCUACUACCUGCGUACCCUGAGCAACGUGCUGCGCACUUGCGGGGACGUGGCAUGGGCUGUGUUAGCUUCUAAGCAUGUAUCGUUCGGUCACCAAGGCCUCCACAUUAGUUCUGGCGGAGAAGAGGGCGAUAUUCUGCUGCAGGACUUCGUCGUCAAAGUAUGCCUCAAGUGUGUGAUGGCUGAUGCCGUUGCCGGAGCCAGCACUGAUCUAGAGCAACGCGUCUCCCGACUGCAUCGAUUUGCGCUCAGUAUGCUUCAUCACUUCUUUCUCAGCCGGCACAUGAGCGGUUCGCCAGAACAAAACCUGGAGAAUCUCUUCCUCGAGAGACUCUCCAGAGCUAUAGAUCAAGAGGACCCCUAUGUUCAAGUUCUGCUGCUGGACGUGGUGUACGACGCCCUCAAGCUUCGGGAAGCAUCCGGGGGCGAAGCACCCGGGACACCGCCCUCGGAGAAGCGAACCUCCAACCUCGAUCCAGGACGCACUGGUCGACCUUCCUUUGCAGCAAGCGAGACACGACAUGUAUUAGUUCCGCCGCCGCGGCGGCUACUACAAUGCAUACAAUCGGCGUUGGCUGCCCCCGGUAGUCGAUCAGUGCUGGAUAGCUGGAUUGUCUUUUUAAGCGAAUGUCUUCCAUUCUACGCCGACACCAUCUUUCAAGUAUUGAUACCGCUCGUUGAGACGCUGUGCACGCAGAUUGGAGAGACUUUUGAUCACUUGAGGUCCACAUUCAAGAAUGGCGCGCAGCGAGCUGUCAGCAGCACAGGGUCUCCUGAGUCGACAUUGAUACACCUACUGAACGGCCUCGAACAGGUUCUGGCAAGAUCCCACGAUCAGCUGUUAUCGGAGGAAGCGCGUGCCCAGCUGAUGAAGAACCCCGACCAACAACAGUCUCUUUUCGGCAGCAUGGUCUCAGGGGUUUUCCAGUCGGAAGGACAUCGCUCUCGAAGCGCAACAGCCAACGAUAGGUUGACCGUUCAUCUCGCGUUCCAAGAUGCCUGCCGUAUCUGCCACAAGAUCUGGUCCUGGGGCCUCGGCGAUGAGGCUGCGCAACAGGAUCCCGCAUCUGCUGCCACCUUCAACCACACUUCGCUCCGAAUGCGGAACCCUUUAUUCAACUCCAUCUACAGUCGGACCAACCCCACCGCCUUGGAGCCUUCGCGGAAGUCGACCAUGACUAUCUCCCUUGAAGAUACCAAUCUUGUGGUUUUCUUGGUGGAGUAUACGCGUUCGCUGGAUGACGACGCCAUGGAUGAAAUUUGGCAGGAUUGCAUUGUCUUCCUCAAGGAUCUCCUCAGUAAUCCAUUCCCUCACAGGCAGAAUCUGCCGAGCUUGCUCGAGUUUGCCGCGCUUCUGGGUGAGAAGGUGGACAAUACCAAUUUUGGCGAGCAGAGGAAAAUGCGCCGAGAGUUGGGAGAUCUUUUCACCAGACUGCUCGCUGCUUUGUUCACAACGAAGCCAAUCACCACCGAGUCUACGAACCUCAACAGUGGUGCAAUGGAAAAGGCACUUCGAACUGAAGCUGGUCGGCGUACGCCUCUAGGUUCUGUUACUAGGUCCGAAGACGUGGUGGCCAUUCUCGCCUCCAUUGUACCAAACCUGCCCAAGAUCUUGAUUGAUUCAGACCGCGUCCUGUCCGCCGCUGGUGCCAUAUCGGGCAAUGUCAUUGGCCCUACUAUACGCUCCAAGAACUUUCCCGAUACAGUUGGACACAGCACAUUGAGCUUGCUCCACGAGCUCUCGAGGUUGCAGAACAACCAGAAAACCUGGAAAAAGGACGUCGGAGAGGCCUUCAAUGAUGCUCGCUUCUUCAGCAUGCACCUCGAUCUUGUGAAGGAUGGAUGGAUGCCACUGCUACGUCAGUGGACCAUGGCAGAAAAAGAGAAGAUGCCUGAGAUUGUGCAGCGCCUGACAGCACCCACUACGGCGGGCAUUGUCUUUGGCGUGGGGGCUACCUCGGCUCGACUGGAUGCAGACCGCAAAGCACAAGUGAACCUUCGCCGCAUUGCGACGUUGAUUCUUGCUUCGACCGAGGACGCCUUUGUCGUAGAUCUCCCCAUCAUCUUUGACAAGCUUACUGAGCUACUGGGGGCUACCGCUACAUCAUCACCAUCGUCAGCCACACGUGCUGACAUAUACAUGGUUGUGCGAGCUCUAGUGCUCAACACGAGCCCGGUCCAUCUGGCUGUGUUGUGGCCCGUGAUCAAUUACGAAAUUCACAGUGCCAUUUCCUCGAUCACUGCGCCGGCGAACAGCUCGAUAGCCGAUAUCUAUACCAAUGCUGCUGUCCUCCAGGCCUGCAAACUGCUGGACCUGCUGAUCUGCGUAGCGCCAGACGAUUUCCAGCUUCACGAGUGGCUCUUCAUCACAGACACCAUUGACGCUGUCUAUCGCUACUCGACAGCCCAACCCGUGGCCUUGAUAGACGAACUCUCAGAGGAGCUGGGCAGUGGUGCCUCUCAGUACCUUGACAAGUCCGAGGCUGCAGCACACCUCAGCGCCAGCAGCUCGCAUAGGCGACCCUUGCUCGGCCCUGGGGGUAUCGACGAUAAUGCGCUGAUCGAGCGCAGGGAUGAUCUGGUCUCCAAAAUACUCCGGCCAUUCUUUGGACAACUCAGCAUCUUUGCAUUUGAGUCGACGUACGCCAUGGGCACACUAGACAGAGAGGCCUGUGUUCAGGGGUUGUUGAAGGACUUGUUUGAUGACAGAAGCAUCGCGCGGGCGAUGUGA